AUGUUCCAGUCCCUGCCCCGCCCCUCGCGGCGCUUCAUCAUCAUCCUCGCCUCGAUCCUGAUACCCCUCUACAUCGAGGCCUUCCUCCACUGGCGCACCUUCGACAUCCCGCGCCCCUCGCACGACCUCGACCCUCCCUUCCAGACAGGCUGUCGCGAGCCGGACGUCAAGGGAAGACGCGAGAAUGCCGCCCUGGUCAUGCUGGCCCAGAAUUCGGAGAUAGAUGCCGCGAAGCGCACCGUCGACUCCGUUGAGGCCAAGUUCAACCGCUGGUUCCACUACCCCUAUGUCUUCCUCAACGACAAGCCUUGGGACCCCGAGUUCGUGCGCAUCAUGAACCAGACCGUCAGCGGCGAGGCGAGGUUCGAGGUCAUCCCGGACAGGGAGUGGAACUACCCUUCGUGGAUCGACAAGGCUGCGGCGCAGCAGAGCAUAUUUGAGCAGGGGGAGAGGGGCGUACACUAUGGCGGUAGAGAAGGGUAUCACCACAUGUGCCGUUUCUUUUCAGGUAAAUUCUAUACCCUAGAAGCCCUGCGACGAUACAAGUGGUACUGGCGGCUGGAACCCGACGUCGAAUUCUCGUGCUCGAUCACCUACGACCCUUUUGUAAAAAUGGCCAAGCACAAGCAGGUGUACGGCUGGACAAUGAGCCUGUGGGAGGAGGGCAACACCUGCCCGAGCCUCUUCCGGCACAUGGCGGACUGGAAGGAAGCCAACCUGAUCCCGACCACCAGCCUGUGGAAGGCCAUGAUGUCGGCGUCCUGGCUGCCCUAUCCGUUCCGGAGGUGGCUAAGCUGGCUGCCGCAUCACGACAAGCUCGGCGACGUAUGGAGCAUGUGCCACUACUGGAGCAACUUUGAGAUUGCAGACCUGGACUUCUUCAGGAGCAAGAGCUACCAGGACCUGUUCAAUUACCUGGACCAGAAGGAGGGCUUCUACCACGAGAGGUGGGGCGACGCUGCCGUCCACUCCCUCGCGCUCGGCAUGCUCGUCGGGCCCGAGCGCGUGCACCACUUCUCCGACUUUGCCUACCGCCACGGCAGCUACCAGCAGUGCCCCGCCAACGCGCCGGGACUGCAGCUCGAGGGCUCGGUCGCGCUGGGCGACGCCCUCUAUUCGGACGAGCAGGACGGGGGCGUCGGCUGCCGGUGCACCUGCGACGCGAGCAAGCCCAUCAACUUCCCGGGCUACUGCGGCAACAAGCUCAAGCAGCCCAACAGCCCGAACCGGCCCUGGCUGACGUGGUUCCUGUGA